UCUUCUUCCGGCGUAGGGCAGUAUAUACAACACUCAAAUUCGCAAGUUGUUAAUACUGCUUGGGCAUUGCUCGGACUAAUGUAUGCUGAAUAUCCGUUUAGUGAUCCCAUUAGAAAUGGAAUUGAGCUUAUUAAGUCGAGGCAACUUCCAACGGGAGAGUGGAAGAAAGAAUCUUUUGAAAGCAUGAUUGGCAAAAAUUGUCCGAUAAACCAUUCAAAUUAUAAAUUUAUUUAUUGUAUUUGGGCAUUAGGAAUGUAUUCUAAUUUAUACGAAAGUGAUGAAAAUUAUG